AUGAGUAACCUCAAAGCCGAAACAGCGGCUAAAGAUGUCGCGGUUCUAGAGACAAAGUCGUCGAUUGUCCCUGCAGAUUUUGGUGAGCCAUCGCCACUGAAAAAAAUCAUAUCGAUGGCUUCAAUCGCCGCCGGUGUACAGUUUGGGUGGGCCUUACAGCUCUCUUUGCUGACUCCAUACCCAACCGUCGGUUACUACAGCGACAGAUGCACCUCCAGAUUCGGCCGUCGCCGUCCUUUCAUUGCAGUCGGUGCCAUCCUUGUCGCUGUCGCUGGUAUUCUGAUCGGAUACGCCGCUGAUCUUGGCCGCUUAGCUGGAGACAAUCUCGAAAAGACUCCAAAGGUACGAGCCAUAUGGUUCUUCGCUCUAGGUUUCUGGAUCCUCGACGUGGCCAACAACACCCUCCAAGGACCUUGCCGCGCUUUCCUUGCCGAUCUCUCCGCAGGUGACGCUAAGAAAACUCGGACCGCAAACGCGAUUUUCUCUUUCUUUAUGGCAGUUGGAAACAUUUUGGGAUACGCUGCUGGAUCCUACACUAACCUCCACAAGAUGUUUCCUUUCACGAUGACUGAAGCAUGUGACAUCUAUUGUGCGAACCUCAAGAGCUGUUUCUUCCUCUCCAUCAUUCUUCUCCUCGCUGUCACGGUCACAUCACUCUUUUACGUCAAAGACAAGCAAUGGUCUCCCGAGAAAGGAGCCUCCGACGUGGAAACUCCGUUCUUUGGCGAGAUCUUUGGAGCUUUCAGGGUGAUGGAACGUCCCAUGUGGAUGUUGAUUAUCGUCACCGCCUUAAACUGGAUCGCGUGGUUCCCUUUUCUUCUAUUCGAUACUGACUGGAUGGGUCGUGAAGUGUACGGUGGAGACUCUAGUGGAGACGACAAAAUGAAGGACCUAUACAACAAAGGAGUCCACAAAAUGGGAGGAGCUAAACGGCUUUGGGGAGUUGUCAACUUUAUCCUUGCCGUGUGUUUGGGUUUGACGGUUUUGAUUACAAAGUUGGCGGAGGCUCACAGGAAAACCGCUGGUGCGUUUGCCGGUCCCACCGAUGCGAUUAGAGGUGGAGCAUUGACAAUCUUUGCUUUUCUUGGAAUCCCUCUUGCUAUUACUUUCAGUAUUCCGUUUGCACUAGCUUCCAUUAUCUCAAGCAACUCCGGCGCCGGCCAAGGACUUUCUCUUGGAGUACUAAAUUUGGCAAUCGUGAUACCACAAAUGGUGGUGUCACUUGGAGGUGGGCCUUUCGAUGCGUUGUUUGGAGGUGGAAACUUACCUGGAUUUGUGGUCGGAGCAAUUGCAGCGGCAGUUAGUGGUGUGGUGGCGUUAACAGUUCUUCCUUAG